AACGAAUUUGUUGAUGCGAAUAGAAUCGUGUAAACGACAUUCCUGACUCAAACAACGUGGUUCGAGUUUCAACGUUCCAGUGCACUGAGCAGUGAGCACACCCUAGACUCCGCUUUACUCCUCCGGAAGGCGUCGGGAGCGAGAGGAAAUGGCGACAAGGGAAAUGGAAGAAAUACAGAAGAAACUGGCAACGCUGAAUUACUCAAGAGCCAAUGCUCCUGCACAGUCUCUCCUCUUCGCUGGCAUGGAGCGCUACGCCCUUCUCGAGUGGCUCUUCUUCCGACUAUUGGGUGAUAAAUCACCAUUCUCGCAACAAAGUCAGCAAGGGGAUGCCAUGGUUCGUGACGAAGAGACUUCUCGCAUCCAAUAUUUGGCGGAGAUUGCAAAGUUUCUGGGAUUUACAACUACUAUAGAUACAGAAGCCAUCCAAGGACGAGGAAGCUAUGAAGAUCGCACUGAAAUGCUUCGUCUUAUUGUUGAUCUUGUAGAGGCAAGCAUCUAUGUUGAUAAUCCAGAAUGGAGCAUCGAUGAGCAGGUGAACAAGGAUAUACAACUUAUAGAUUCUAUUGCAGAAAAACAAGCUCAAAUAUUCUCUGAGGAGUGCAAGUUGUUCCCUGCAGAUGUUCAAAUUCAAUCAAUAUAUCCACUGCCAGAUGUUUCUGAGCUGGAGUUGAAGCUUUCAGAGCAAUCAAAGAUACUAUUGAAUCUUCAACUGAAGGUUGACGAUUUGGCAUCAAAGCAUGCUUACAACCCAAAUGAGGAGUAUGCAGAGGUGGAAUCCCAAUUGCGGGCACAUUUGGAAUCUUUUCUAGAAACUGCAAGAUCAUUUAAUAUGAUUUACACCAAGGAAAUUCGUCCCUGGACGCACAUGAUGGAGGUACCACAGCUCCAUGGGUUUGGCCCCGCUGCCAAUCGCUUAUUGGAGGCAUACAAGAUGCUUUUGAAGUUCCUAGGGAACUUGAGGAAUCUUCGAGAUUCCCAUGCAGCUCUUGCUGUUGGAUCGUGUGAAACUGUUGCUGGCGAGCCUUCUUCCGUCACGAGAAUAAUCUCCGAGUGUGAGUCGGCACUGACAUUCUUAAACCGUGACCUUGGAAUUCUCUCUGCUUCCAUUGCUCGCGAGCAGGGUGAGGAGGUGAAAUUACGAAGAACAACAAGAGGCAUGUUGAACAAAGCAAUCUGCCAUGCAGGAGUAAUGCCGUGAAAGAUGGAGAAAAUACACUAAACACGCCCCAUGUUUGCUGUUUGACGCCGUAUAUACCUUUGAAAUCAGGAAGUCUCACAGCUGUGAAUCUUUUUGAACUUUGGUUGUCUCACAACUCUCUUUCUUUGACAAAGGCUUGUCAUGAUAUGUAGCUUUAGCUUUAGGUCCAAUAACGAUAAGAUGAAGGUGAUAUAUUAAUUUUAUUAAUGAAUUUUUAUUUGAACAAUUUUGUUUUGAAUUUAUUAUUCAGCCAGCCAUAACCAGCUGGUAGAGGGGUGGUGUGCUGUGUGGGCUCCAAAACGCGGUGCCAUUGUUUUUUCUUCAGUUUCUUGAGAAAUACAAAAACGUAGCCGUUUACAUUUGUAA